AUGUGGUAUCUUUAUUUUGUUGCCAAAGGUGUUGCAAUGGAUGGCCAAUUUGAAGAAGAAGGCAGGAGAAUUAUGGAGUUAAUUCUUGGAGAAACACCUAAGGAUGAUGAUCUGAAUGUAAGUUAUAUGUAUAUAUACAUACAUGUGAUUUACCUUUCAAGUUAAUUGUUGUUCCAAAUCUUUCUCUCUCUGUGGACUAUGGGUUGGGUUGGGUUGACUGAUUCCUGAUUGGUUCCUAAGUCUGUACAAAAUCUUAAUAGGAUCUUACAACAAGAUCAGGGGUGGAAAAAUAUUUUACGUUCUGGGACCGCAAAUAAUCAAGUGAAUCAACACUCGGACAAUGUGUGUGACACUAAGUUGUCAGGUUGAAUGUUACUUUUUAACCGAAAAAUCAAUUUCUGAAUCAGUGCACUGAAAAUCUUAACAUUGCUUUUAGGAAUAUAACAUUAAACUAAUUUAGAUAAUAUUCAUUGAGGGGUCUGGCCCAUUGGAAUGAAUAUAGGUCUGAUCUUAAGUAAAUACAGAUGGAAAAAAGGGCACUACCAGGAGGAUCCAUGCCCCGCCAGAAAAUUUUGAAAAUCAUUUAGCUUUCCUCACACUUCGGCUGAAAAAGAUUUCAGCCGAAGUCUGCGAGAUAAGUCCACAUAACAGCGACUUUUUAUUAUUUUUUGACGAAUAAUGGUAAAUUUGCUUUGUAAAUGGUUAGUUUAUUUUGAAAAAUUGCUUUGCACAUUGUUUUCAUUGUCUGCAUUGGUUAACGAGAAUUAGAUGCCACCCAAAAAUGGCUGAUAUUCGUCAUCGUGAGAAAGGCUAAUUGACUAAAAAAUAACAUGCAUAUGACAUUUGUUACAUUAUUCUAUAGCCUAUAGAUUUAUAAACUAUUGUGCUAUUUUAAUAGAUUUAGACGUGGAUUUAGAUAACUGCAAUGUAUCACGCCGGGCAACAAGUUAAAAAAUUUUGCAAGCUCCGACAGGCUUGAUUCGUAAGUGCUCAACAUGGAGUCAAAAGUAUGGAAAGUUUUCGCAUGUACAGUAUCUAGCAGAGAAGAAAAAAUACUGAAGAGGCAACAGCAAAUGCUGCUGAAGCACUUUUUAGCUGGUUCUUUUAUCGCUAAGAUAAUUUACAUGAAACACUUUUAUGAAAUAUAAUUGUUUUGUGAAUGUGCUUUAUUUUUCUUCAUUGCUAUAUAACAAAACAGUUAAAUUAUAAAUGUUUGUUCCCACGCGAAAUAGUUUCUUUUGUUUUCCCUUGAAUCUCAAUGUUCUCCUCGACUACGUCUCCAGAAACAUUGAAAUGCUCGGGAAAACAAAACUUUCCCUCGGAAGCAGACAUAUUAAGUGUAUCUUUUUUUUUCACUGUGAGAACUGCGAUUAUUAUGUACGUGUACCGUACUUAUAGUGAAACGUGCCAACUCGUGUACACCAAGAAAUUGUUAACAUUGCAACCUUUACAAUGUAUUCAAGUUUCUCUUUCUUGUUUUUGAUUAUUUAGCUGGUUCGUGGUUAUCUCGACAGCAUGGACAUCGUAAGGUAUGUCAUUUAAACAUCGUUCUUUUGAUUAAACUGCAUGUAACACGAAACUUCUUAUUGCCUUGAACCAAAGAACUUUUACUGAGUCUUACAAUUCUUUAAAAUACUCAUUAAUAAUUCAUAAACCUUGUGGCAAACCAUGCAGUCAGUCAUAAUAUGUCACGUCGAGUGACUUUAUAUCUGAUGAAACACAUGUGGCAUUAUAUAAUUGUCCAUCUUAAUUAGCAUGAUUAUAUUAUGGUUCAUCCUAAUUAGUAUUCUUUUGUAGUCGUAUUUAAGCUAUUCAAAACACUCGUUGUCGUGUUUUAUCAGAUAUAAAACGCUCGGCUGCGCCUCGCGUUUUAUAUCUGAUAAAACACUCCUACUCGUGUUUUAAAUAGUACAUAAAAUCCGGAUCGGAAUAGAUUCACUGGUCCAUGUUGUUCUAAAGGCCUACGAAUGUUAAGACGUAUUUGUGAUCUGGUGCCAAUGGACCUAUUCCCUAAUGAACAAAAGUUUGAUCUAGACAAAAAUGUCAUAACAGCUUAAAAGUGACGGGGGGAGGGGGGGGAGGGGUCAACUCUAAAACAAAACACAGUUAUCAGAGUGAGACAGUGAGUCGAUUGUUCGUUUUAUGUGCCUUGUGUUUGGUGGCAAAUACAUGGAAUUUCGUAUCAUUUUCUCACUCCAGUACAGUAUAAGCAUCAACACAUUUAAGGUUGACACCCCGUCAGAUUCACUGCAUAAUGCCAAUGCAUUGAAACCCAAGAAUUGACCGCCGGUCCAUUGCGGGAAAAUAAUGAACCGCUGAAAGUGCUUCUCAGCCAAUCACAAUCUACCAUUUCACCGGAAGUGAUGUUUGCCAUGAUAUAAUAAAUAGCUUUAAUUUCUCAUUUUCCCUGUAAAUAUUGUAAAUAAUUGAAAUGCCACGGCGCCUGGGGAGAUCAUCUCCAUUUGUACGACAGUUCCAGCAAGAAAUGGCUUUAUUAGCAUGACUUUACAUAGAAGUAUUGCUAAAGCUUAUCAGUUAAUUAUAAAUAUUUACAAAUGCAAAAUUUUUUGUGGUAAUAUGUCACUGUGAGUAAUACAAGAAAUACAAAUGAAGUCACUAUUAUGGGGAUUGUAGACAGGGUCUUAGCUAGAGGGCCGUGUUGGCCGUGUUAUCGCGGCCAAAAAGGGAAAAACACGGCUAGAUAAAAUGAACGCGGUUUCAUUAUUUAUAUAAGGCCGUGUAGGUUCAUAAAAUAACAGACAGAAUUUCUUCCUAUUCACUGUACUUUGUAAGAAAGUUUGUAAAAUCUAUGGUUAUUGUUGAAAUUGACGAAAGUGAUCUGCAUGUGAUGUUUUAAUGUUUUGGUGGAUAAUGGGAACUGUAUGGUGUUAAAAUGGUUUUAAAUACCCCCAAGAGUUGCUGAAAAAACUUAAUAUUUUAAUGUCAGUGCGUAAUAUUAGCUUAUACUCUCCUUGUAUUUGGUUGCAAAGCAUAGAACAACCACAGUUAUUGCCUGUUGUUGACGAGCAUAACUAGAACCGUGAUGUGCACACCCUGGUCAUUUAGAAACACGCCCAAGAUCGAAAAUGCUAGCUAAGACCCUGAUUGUAGAUGGAAGUACACUCAAAAUAUCUGUUUAUGAUCCCUUCAGAAUUAGUUCUAGCGAGUGAGAUGGCCAAGAUCCUGACAUUUAACCAUACGCUUUACACUGGCUUCAUCUUGGUAUUUUACAUGAACUUGUGGUUAGAGCGGCAACUGGACUCUGUGGCGCAGUUGGUUAGAGCGCUGGACUGCAAUCGCAAGGCCGCAGCUUCGAUUCCUGCCAGAGGGCCUGGAGUUGAAUGUUUCGCAACUGCUCCUGGUUAGGUCAAAAAUUCUAUGUAAUCUUCUGCUAGAAAUUGCGAUCUAGAAAGGCUCGUCAACUACUAGUUCUUUCGAGCGAGAUGGCAAAAAUGUCGAUAUUUAUCUACUUAUAUCUGUUAAUGUUAUGUUUGUAUUAUUUUGGUAGUGAAGCGGAAGUGAAUGUAAAUCAUUUACAGAAAGUGUUUAAGUGGUUGGGAAUGAACGAAGAUGUGGACUGGAAUGAUAUUAUGGAAGGUAUUGUAUUAAGUUUUGACUUCAUUUCGACAUCACAAUUUCCCACGCUCUGUGGAGGACAAACAAUAUUCGUGUCGCCAGACGUCCCACAAUACAUCCUUUCGUCCAAUCACCUUGCGUAAUUAGGGAGCUUUAGCAGCGAGUACGAGUACGAGAUUUGAUCGCGUGGGAGGAAAUCACCGUGGUCGUUCUCAUUUCCGUUCAAAUGUUGCUUUUAUGGUAGUAAACAAACAACGAAAGAAAAUUUUCUAUAAACCAAAUCUCCUGCAAGCUAAAAUCCACCUCAAAAUGUGCAAAUAAGACAUAACAUUAAAAACAAGCCAGAUAUUUAGUACUAAUAGAUUAUUUUUCCCGGAAUAAACGCUACAAAUUAUUUUUGAAAAACAAAAAAAAACUUUCUUUGUUUCUGAAAAGUCGUCGUGAGGACUACGGGAUUUCUCCACAAUUUCGUUCUCAGAUGGGCGACGGCUACGACUUCUUCGCGUCAGUACGGGAUGGCGUAAGCAUACAUCACGCGUUUCGCUUGACGAAUCUCGUACUCGUACUCGUAGUCGCUGCUAAAGCUCCCUAUUUACUAAUGGUGACCUUAAGCAUUGCCGUCCGGGACAUUGUUUAAUGACCGAGCUUUUCUGGUAAAAGCCAUAGUUUUGUUUGCAUUUUCUCCAGAACUCAAUACAAUGCAAACCCACGUCCUGGACAAAACCUUGACUGCGUCCUGACAGUAUUACGUCACGCGUAUUAGACAAAAAUCAUUUCCGGUCAACGCCCCGGACGGCAAUGUUCUCGAUGCUUAAGGUCGCUAAUGCGAGCGAGGAUCCAAGACCAAAAAGUAGGUGUGACGACGGUGAUGUAAUUAUCGAAAGGGUGUAUUAUUAAUAUCUGAGUGUGAAGUUUCUCGUAUAUGUGGAUUGAACGUUGAAUGUGUAUUACAAUAUUUCUGAGAGUUUAAAUCAUCUCAAUACUGGUCAGAGUGUUCCAUGGGUUGUUCGAAGACAUGAUAGCUAUAUCCAGCAGAUGUAAAAAUGCUUGUAGGCUAUAAAACUACAGAUAUAGACCAGUAGACCUCACAUUUUACAAGAAGAAACUAAUUGAUUUAUAUGCUGAGUUAUAAAGUUUUAUCUGAUAGCUGCGGAUUGAUAGGGAUACAACGACUGUACUUGAAAAAAUACAAGGAGAACUUCGACGUUUCAAAGGCCCUUCGUCCUACCAUGCCGCAGCCUUCUUAUUAGGUUUUAGCAGCGAGCACGAGUACGAGAUUCGUCAAGCGAAACGCGUGAUGUAUGCUUACGCCAUCCCGUACUGACGCGAAGAAGUCGUAGCCGUUGCUAAUCUGAGAACGAAAUUGUGGAGAAAUCUCCAGGGUGUUAGCUAGCCCAUGUACUGUCCGUUUGACGGACUCUUCCCAAUUGAAAUAGCUAAGGGGCUUUCCCAACUGGUCUACUGGAAGAUUUUUUUUCUGAUGAGAAAGUGCAUUGCGUUUGAUUUUAUAUUUAACAAAUAUAAAACAUUUUCCGUGUUGAUAUGCAGUUAUAUCAACACGAGUGGAAAUUGGGAAAACGAGAAAUUGUGUGGAAACACGACGCCCGAAGGGCGGAGUGUUUUCACACAAUUUCGAGUUUUCACAAUUUCCACGAGUGUUGAUAUAACUAUAUAUCAAUACGGAAAAAAUGUUUUAUAUUUGUUUUAUAAUAUAGCACAAAGAAAUAUAAAGAAAGAAAUUUUCCGACGUUUCCGUGUUGACAUUGAGUUAUAUCAACACGGCUCUUAGCCAAUCAGCGUUCAGAAUUUACAAAUGCUAUAUUAUAAUAUUAUAUCAAAGAACGUUUUAUUUACUUUUUCCCAUUAACUAUUUUCUCAAAAUGUAUCGCGUUUCAUUCAUAUUGGGUGUGUAUUCACUGAAAUGAAAUGUACAAAACAAAGUGUAAUCGGUGUGCAUCCGUGUUUUUCAGUGUUCAUUCACCUGAAAUGAAAUGUACAAAACCAAGCUACACUUGUUUGCAUCUAAACCUAAGGAGAAACACGUUGGAAAACUCACUAUUAACUCCUACACAAGGACUUUGAUCGGUCAAGAAAACUUUCCCAAUUUACGUUUAACGGACAAAACUUUUUCUGGCUAACACCCUGAUCUCGUAGUCCUCACGACGACUUUUCAGAAAACAAAGAAAGUUUUUUUUUGUUUUUUUUUUUUCAAAAAUAAUUUGUAGCGUUUAUUCCAGGAAAAAAACCUAUUAGUACUAAAUAUCUGGCUUGUUUUUAAUGUUUAACUUAUGACUUAUUUGCACAUUUUGUAGUGGAUUUUAGCUUGCAGGAGAUUUAGUUUAUAGAAACUUUUCUUUCGUUGUUUGUUAACUACUAUAAAAGCAACAUUUGAACGGAAAUGAGAACGACCACGGUGAUUUCCUCGCACGUGAUCAAAUCUCGUAGUCGUGUUCGUACUCGCUGCUAUAUAUAAAGCUCCCUAAUAUCGUCACUACCUACACCGGGACAGACUGUUCGAGAUUAAGUUUAAUCUGGGCUACACGAACCAACAGACAAUUUAGAAAAGCUUGAAAAAUACUAUCCGAGGGUACCGCUAUUCGGCCUUCGUUUAAAACCGGCACCUAGUAUGUCUUAAACCAAUUCAAUAUACUUGGGAACUUCGUCUUUUUUUUAAAGGUACAGUAGAUGGUAUUUUAUUCUUUUUUUAUGAACUUAACAAUCGCAAUAGGUGGAAAAAUUGACCGAAUUUAUCGCGAACGCUUUCUUUUUGCCAACAAAAAUUGUGAAAACAACAAAAACACAGAUUUCGCUACCCUGUUUCUCGUACUGCGGCAGAGGAAAAAGAAAACUAGCCGUAAACGUUAAAGAUAGGGUACAGUCCGGUCUGCGCAUGUGCACAUAGGAGUCUCCUGCCGUGAUAUAACACUUUAAUUGGGUCUUUAUUUCAUUUUAUGUUCUUGCAAAGCCUGAUUGUUGUAUCGGGAUCAUUUAUUAUACUGUAGAAGCAUGAAAAUAUAAAUAGUUGUCGAAUAUUAAAAGUUCAAUAUUUUGAAUACCGAACUGUAAACAUAGGCUUUGUUUACAUACGGACUGUACCCGACCUUUAAUAAACGUUAAUCAAGGCCACAAUUACUUGUCGCAAUUGGGAAAUUAGCUGUAUAAAUAUUUGGUUUUUGAGUGAUACUGUGCGCCAACGAUCAUCGUCAAAUUUCAGUAUGUGAUCUAUUUUGCUAAAAUUGCUUUUUUUUCAUCUUAAUUUUCUCAUACAGGUUGUGCCAAUGAAAUGUGAUUAGGUCAGAAAAUGUGCUUUUCUUUCUACUUUUUGUUAAUAGAAUGUAAACUCGCUUAAAAAAUGAAGAAAUUUCAUGUGCAAGUGUGAUUUAUACGAAAAAGGCGACUCUGAAAAUGAGCAUCAGAAUAAACAUUUUGCCAAGUACUUUGCUAUAAUAGGCUUUAAAUGUGGCAAUAGAGGAAAUUUUGUGGUGAUUUGUGGGCCUAAAAAGCCGCUGUAAAAUUGUCUUUCGAAGCCUUCGUUCAUGUUGUUUAUGUUUUUUUAAAUCAACCAAGUGGAGCACGCAUAUCUUCUUCUCUCGCUGAAAACCCGAGCUCUGAGGCCGCGGAAGCAUUUCGAAAGUUGAGGGGCAUUGGCCAAAAGGGGCACUUUUGUAUGUGACCAAAAAUCAAACGAUUUUAUAUCGCUCACGAGACGAACGGAAAUUGUUGAAAAUAUGGAGUCCCUAUAGCGUCGGAAAUGGCCUUUACAGAGUCUUUACACUGCAAAAAGGGCAUUUUUUCCAGCAAAUGAGGUCCUUCGUUCAAGAAAUACUUUUUCGUUCUGUAAAUGAGGCACUUUAGCCCAGAAAAAUGGCACUUUUUUCACUUUUAAAAAAGUGUGGGGGGCGGCACAUGCCCCCAUUGUACCCCCUCCCGAUACGGCGGCCCCUGCCCGAGCUGUUUUCGCGUAUGCUCAGUCAAUUUUCCCACCUGUUAACAAUCGCACGAUAGAUGGAAAGGACAAUAGAACUGUUUGUUCCUUAUUAAGUCCCACCAAAAAAUUUACAAAAAUUACACUAAACAUAUAACAAUACAUAAAAAUUACAAUCACAAAAUAACAUGAACUAUGCAUGACGAUACAUUCCUACAUAUUUAUGAACAACAGUUUGUUUGCAACAAACGACACUUGCUACACAGAGUUUUCCACGUUCUAGGUCUGUAUAUAUCGAAGACAGUGUUCAGUUUAUAAUUAUAUAGCUAGUUUAGUCUUAAGGAUAGCAACUUGAAGAGGACGCUUUUAUACCAUAUCUAUUAAAAUACGAGUUUCUAAAGAGUGAAGUUUUACACAAAUUUGGAGGAAAAAAAUCGCCAGAACUGGAAAUCGUCAUUCAACAUUUUUUUUAUUUCCGUAAUUCUUUAAAAGGCAGAGAGGAUUUUAUUCAGUUAAACAACGUAGAAUAUUAUAGUAAUGUAUAAUAUUGUAUCAGAGUGCGAUAAUUGAAGAUUUGUAGUCGUACUCUACUUCACUGGUACUUCAAUGAUUCUUGCCGCGUACUUGAACUGUACAAACUUAAACCUCAAGGAGUACUUUGUCUUUAAUAUAAAGUAUAUCUGUAUAUGUGAUGCAACAGUUUUCUGACAGAUAUUCUUUCAGUAUCCUGAGACUAUACUACUGUAGACUGCAUAUACAGUACAAACAACUAUACAGUUGAUAUUUCAUCACAUAUCUCCAAUCAUGUUUCGGAAAGCUAUGGUUUUGAAAGCUUGCUGGUCAUAUAUCGUACCAGCAAAAUGAAAGUAUCAUUAUGUCCUAUAAUAAUGGCGUAUAUCUCCGUGUAUCGCGCAAUGCAUAUAUUUUUUUUGCUUUCAAAAUUAUCUUCACUUUCCAAGAUUUAAAAUUACUUUCCCCCCAUGAUUUCCUCUUGCUUUACUCGCGCGCUACCUCUGGCCUUCUGUAUCAUCACAGAUAGAUCGGCACGUUUCCUUGUCCGUAUAUCCCCCUCCCCCGUGUUGUGUUUAUAUAAGGAGAAUGCUUUUCCUUAAUGAACUGUGUCUAUUAUAAAUAUAAACAGUUCUGAGAAAUGUCCGCCAGCGCCGCUGUUAGGAAAUUUUAACUAAAUAUUUUCGCAGGAAACUUUCUUACAUCCCACCGACGAAAUUUUCUCAUCUCGUACACUAGAAUCCAUAUUAUACAAAUAAUGAAUGUUUUUAUUUUUCAUUCGGUGAAAGAUGGAAUGUUCCAUUCAACUCAGCUGUCGCCUCGUUGAAUGGAACAUUCCAUCUUUUACCUCAUGAAAAUAUUCUUACCAUUGCACGAAUUAAAACAUAAAUUAUUUGUUUUAUAUAAUACCAAAAUAGACUAAUAUUAAAAGGUUUACGGUAAGUUCCCGCCAUUUUGACGAGUCGUAUUUGCAUUAAAUCCCAUUUACUGAGUUUCGAAUAUCGGGUUAAAAUAAACUGCGAUCAUCGUACGAGAAGCAUUUUGACGCAUGCGAUUUAUCGAAAACACAAAGAGUGCAAUGGAAUAAAACGUAUAGCACAAUUGCACUCGCAAAAAGUGCAAUGGAACGUAUUCCAUUGCACUCUUGGAAAAUGGAAUUUUCUGUUCAAUAUCACGUGACCAUAAACAGCCAAUUCAACGAUCAGAAUUCAAUAAGGUAUUAUAUAUAAAAUUUACUUAUUGCUUAAGGCCAUGUUACACGGUGCAAUUUUUCUUGCAACUUGCAAUGCAAUUCUACUCUUGAGAGAUGUAAAAUUGCCAAGUACGAGUCUUCAUUACACUCCGCUGAUGUUUUCUGAACAUAUCGAAAAUCUUCACUGAUUUCACUAAUUAACAUCUCUCAAGAGUAGAAUUGCAUUGCAAGUUGCAAGAAAAAUUGCACCGUGUUACAUGGCCUUUACACUGUACAAGAGCGUUUUGCAAGUCGAGAUUGUCUUGCGCCCAGAUUGAAGUUGAUCAUGAUGUGCAGUAUCAUAACACUAAAAUGCCUUCGCUCGAAACCUCGAAAUUCUCCUUAUAUAUUUUCAGGUAGUUGCGUACCUACCUGCACUGGCACAGGCAGUUCAAGAUAGCCAAGUACGCCUGUUUCGGCCAUACUCUAUUGCCAAGGUUUGGGGCUAUAAAGUAUGCCUGUUUUUGUAACCCCUCGCAUUUAAAUAUACAGGAAGUUUUAUAUUUGAUUUACACAUUCACAGGAAAUUUAUAUUUUUGGAUUUUGCUGUGAGGAAAGAAAUAUAAUUUCUAGCUCUGAAUACAAACAAUAUAAAAUCUGAGCUUGAGUACAUAUAUUUUUUGAAACGUUUCGCUAGGUACACAUCCAGACUUAGAAGAACUUGUAUCAGUAUUAAAUGAGCUACCACCAUUACAAGAAGAAAGUUUAUCAAAAGAUGAUUUAAUGAACACAUUACCCGGACGUUCGGACUCGUGUUUUACAAAUACUGAGAUGGAGUCAGGUAGUGCUAACGGACAUGAGGAAGGUACAUCUGAAUUACAAGCCAAGAGCAAUAAACGAAGUAUUUGCAGUAAAACAGUUCAUGGAACGAGACGAAUUCUGGACUUUAGUCUUGAUGAUGAUUGUAACGAGAUUGUUAGCUCGUCUCAAGAAGCUAUCUGCACAUGUUCACGCACAGCAAGCGGAAAAAAAUCAGUAAUGUCAAAGCAAGGUAUAAGGUUUGCUUCAGAAAUCUUCACACUUUUAUACUAUCCUCAGUACAUUGUUCUUUAA